GCUGACACAGUUACUAACUAACACAGGUAGCCUCAGCACGAUAUUUAACAUUUGUUAUCUAUAUUUUUGGACAAAACAGUGUUUUAUAACAAUUAAUAACCUUAAAACAGUCGGUUCCACGCUAGAAAGAUAUAAGUUCUCAAUUGAAAUGUACGCUGAAGGUUUCCAAGAAGAAUCUCCGCUACCUCUCAUAAGUACUUACACGGUGAUAAAAGAAACAGAUGUUGAAGAUAAAAGGGAAAUAGAAGACCGUGUAAUAUUAGAAAUAGGACGGCAAGAAGACAGACAGAAGGAGGAAUCGAUGUUUUCCCAUAAGAAAUACGAUAAAACCACAUCCCACCAACGGUCUUACGUGUUAGAAGAUUAUGAACCCAGAAGAAUAACAUACUACAGAUCGCAAGAGAUCGAACAAUCCCAUGAAGGUUCAAGGUACUAUGAUCACGAUGACUAUAGGGACUUGUUAACACACGAUGCCACCAGCUCAAAGUCACCUUUGGAGUUCUCGCAGGAGUCCCAAGACACUGGCAAGUUCUCGGAUGAUCAGGACCACUUGUUGAAUUGGAAGGAGAGAGCGAUACAAUUGGAGAAAGAAUACAAAAGAUCGGCCUGUGACAGAGAAAGAACACGUAUGAAGGAUAUGAAUAGAGCUUUCGACUUGCUGAGAUCCAAACUACCAAUCACGAAGCCCUCCAAGAAAAAGUAUUCCAAGAUAGAGUGUCUCCGAAUAGCAAUUUGUUACAUUCGCCACUUGGAGUACCUGUUGGACGGCGGCGCUGCCGAGGACAACACGUUCUUCGAUAUCCACGACGCGGAAAGGAGACCACAGAGAUUUUAAUAAUUUUAUAAUAUCAUUUUUGUUAUCG